UCGACCUGCAACCAACCAAACCCAAACCCAAACCACCAUCAUCACCAUCAUCAUCAUCAUCAUCAACCAGUCCACUUGCUCACUCUCAAGAACAAAACGAUCACCAGAUGAACAACUCCGAAAUCGACUCCUGGGUCUCUCAUCUGGCCGACUGCAAACAGCUCACCGAAGCUGAUGUCAAACGGCUGUGUGAGAAGGCGCGAGAGAUCUUAAUGGAAGAGUCGAACGUCCAACCUGUACGAUGUCCUGUCACAGUCUGUGGUGAUAUACACGGUCAAUUUCACGACCUCUCAGAACUAUUUCGGAUCGGAGGCAAUGCGCCAGACACGAACUAUUUGUUUAUGGGAGACUACGUAGAUCGAGGGUAUUACUCGGUAGAAACGGUGACCCUCUUGGUCGCAUUGAAAGUCAGAUAUCGUGAUCGAGUGACCAUCUUGCGUGGGAAUCACGAGUCUAGACAGAUCACUCAAGUCUAUGGAUUUUACGACGAAUGUCUUAGGAAGUAUGGCAAUGCCAACGUCUGGAAAUCCUUCACCGAGUUGUUCGACUAUUUGCCUCUGACAGCGUUGAUCGAUGAACAAAUCUUUUGUCUACAUGGUGGACUAUCGCCUUCGAUCGAUACUCUGGAUCACAUCCGAUCGAUCGAUCGUAUCCAAGAAGUGCCUCAUGAAGGACCGAUGUGCGAUCUGUUAUGGUCAGAUCCCGACGACCGAUGCGGAUGGGGGAUAUCACCACGAGGUGCUGGCUACACCUUUGGACAAGACAUCUCCGACGCAUUCAAUCAUAAUAACGGUCUCACCCUAGUCGCUCGUGCCCAUCAAUUGGUAAUGGAAGGGUAUAACUGGUCCCACGAACGAAACGUCGUGACAAUCUUCUCGGCUCCUAAUUACUGUUAUCGAUGUGGUAAUCAAGCUGCGAUCAUGGAAAUCGAUGAGAAUAAUAAGUUCACCUUCCUGCAAUUCGAUCCUGCACCUAGAGCUGGCGAACCGUUGGUUUCUAGAAGGGUUCCAGACUACUUUUUGUAAACAAAUUGAUAAUUCACAUUGAUCAUCUUAUCUCCUCACCCCCCACAAAAAGAGCAUAUAAAAACGAACGAGAACGAGAACUAGAACUAGAGCUCGGAAGCGAGAGAAAGAGAGAGCAAACGUGACCAGAGAAAUUUUAACUCAUAAUCUUUCUUUCAUUUGAUUUUUUUUAUCUCUUUUAAUUGUUAUAUUAAAGAACCCCAUCAGACGUAGUUGUUGUUCAGUUUAACCGAUCUCAAGAAUUUGUUUUAUUAUUUAUCAUAGAUUGUUUUUUUUUUCUUCUCCAGAAAACAAAAAAACCAGGUUUACAA